AGACUGCAAGGAGCAGAGGUGGUUUGUACUCACCUGAAGAUUUCAUAUGGCAGUCGCCGUGCUGAGUUGUUCAGCGACGGGUAUCUCAUAAUCAUUUUGUGAUUCACAGAAUUACCGCGAGUUCUCAGUUGAACUCUCGUUCUAUUCUGCAUAUUGUUUUAUCAUGUUGGAUUUUUAUACUUGUUUUAACACGCACAGUAUUGAAUCAUCUGAGAUAAACGCGUUUUCUACGCACUGGUUAUAUUGGACAUCUGAAUUAUUCUGAUUACAGAUAACUGAUUUUAUAACAUCAAGAAACUUCAAUAACAAUUCUUGAUUAUUUCAUCAUAUGGAUACGCAUAUUAAGGAAAUCAGUGUUUUAAAGUGAAACGUGAAUUAAUAAAAUGGAAUCAUGUCUUAAUUGACGUCAUUUAACAAAUACAUUCUGCUAAUAAAAUAUAUUAUUAUGGAAAAAAACUGGAACACAUGGUGAUUUUCAAAUUGUUUUAAAUCGACGGAAAAAUAUAAAAAUUAGUGUGUUAUCGUAAUCAAAUUGGAGCAUGAUGGGAGAAGUGAUCCGGGUUUCUGGACGGGCACCGGAUGUUGGAGAAUUUCUAAAGGAAGCGAUGCUGUCCCAAAGAUUUGCCGAUGUGACUCUCUGUUGUCCUGGUGGACAAAAAUUCCUGGCACAUCGUUUGGUUCUUUCAGCUGCCAGUCCUUAUUUACAGGAGGUGUUGCUCGCUCACAGCAAAACGUCGACCCAUUGCGAGCCCAUCACGGUGAUCCUUGCAGGGGUGGAGGCCCCGGAAUUGGCAGCGAUCCUCGGCUUCGUGUACACGGGAAGCGCGACGGUCCCUCGCCCCCGUCUCAACGCGUUCCUCCACGCGGCCGAGGCCCUCCACAUCGCCCUCCCUCCCGUCCCCCUCGUAAUGACUUGCGCGCAAUCCGACUGCAAGCAGGAAGACGACUUCAAGGACGUGAAGAUCAACCCCAAGUACCUUCGGCGCGAUCAGUAUCCGUGCUGCGCCCGUUGCUUCCACCGUCCCCGUUCGAUAAAUCAAGACGAAGAUCCCGCGGGCAAACGGGAACCCUAUCCUGCGAUCGAGUCCUUGGAAACCGGGAGAGAAAUCGGACCGCUUCCUGAAUCGAUGAACUUUGCCGGAUCGAGAUACGGGCCGAGUAAAUAUUGCUCUACAACCUCGCACUGGCCCGUUCCACCUCCUUUCGCGAGCGUCGCGCGGGAAAAGAUGGCUCACGGCGUAGAUCAGCACUCGGAUAAGGGCAAGGAGAGGACGAGUGAGCCGGACGCCGCGCGGUAUCGCCCGAUCUCCGUGGUGGCGAGGAUCGAUAGGGUUGGCGACGUCCCGACCGGGAACCGCCACUGGGAAAAUCAUCACAACGGCUGUGAUUUUUCGGACAAGCCUUUUCGACACCGCGGCGUCGAGUUCUUAUCCUUCUCCUACGAUCCUUCUCCUCGCGAUGGUGGAUCGGAACAGCCCGAGGCGAGGAUGAGAAAUGCGCGGAUCGGGGACGAGGAAGACGCUCUGGGGGGAAACGAUUUGUCCACGUACGGUGAUUGCAAUUCGGAGCAGGAGAGAAUUCACGAGGAUCGUCUCAGCGUGAUUCGGUCCCGGAUCGACGCCUCCGCUCAGAUUAGAGCCGUAUCCAGCGGAUCCUACGAAAGGGCGGAUCACGGUGAAGAUUUGACGUGUCGCGAGGGUUGCUUCGCGUGGAGAUCGCCCAGGAGACAAGUGGCGAACAGGGUGAUAGACUCGCCGUGGAAACAGACCGUCAAGCCUUAUCAUUUGCCAAAAGUGCAGCCGAUGGCACUUCUCCAGCCUCACGCCGAGAACGUUAGAAGCGAGGAAAAUUUACGUGUUCUGGAGACCACGCGAUCUUCUGUGAUCUCUACCAGUCCUAAUCGACAGUUCUCUAAAAACUCUGCGGAUCAUUAUUAUGGUGUUGAAGUUCCUACUACUCACGAAGUCACUUACCAUAAUGGUAGCAAAUUAUUGGAAGCAAAUUCUACCUUGGUGUCGAGGCCUCAAGAGUUUUAUCCCCCUCAGAUCCCUUCGUCGACGUAUACUCAAAUGGUCACAUCGAUAAACAAUGAUAUCGUAAACAACGAGACGAUAUUACAAUCUCAAAAUAAUAUAAUUUCUUUAACGACGAGAACGUUGCCGUGUCCUAUGGAGAAUAGUCAGAUGAAUAUCAAUAAAAAGGGUGGCUAUCUCGGGCAAACGCUACCUCAAUCGCCGCAGAAGCCGGAAAUCUCUCACCCUGUUAGCAGAUUGUGCGAUACGAUCGAGUCGACCGGUAAAAUCGAUCGUUUUACAAACCUAGAUGCUGAGAACUCGGAGAAAGAGGCGAGGAUCGACGAUAAGCUCGUUGAGAGAGUCAUUAUCAACAGUGAUAAGAACAAUAAUGAUGCCAUCGUUAGUCAGGAUGCUGUUCAAAACAGGGGAAAAGGAACACAGGAGAAUCAUAGGUGCGAUCAGUGUGGCAAGACUUUCGUUACCAAAGCCUCUCUAAAGGUGCAUGUUAGAACGCACUCAGGAGAAAAACCUUUUCGUUGUACCGACUGUGGUAAACAAUUUUCACAACUGCGAAAUUACAAGUACCAUCGAAGCGUACAUGAGGGCACUAGGGAAUUCGCAGCGACCUGUCCAGAAUGCGGCAAAUAUUUCAACGACCGUGGCUAUCUAAGUUCCCAUAUGAAGAUUCAUCGUAACCGAAAAGAAUAUGGAUGCGCGGAGUGUGGUAAAAGCUUUAAUCAACGAGUCGCUUACAACAUGCAUGUUAGAAUCCAUACCGGAGUAAAACCGCAUCAAUGUGAACAAUGUGGAAAAGCGUUUUCUAGGAAAAUGUUGUUAAAGCAACAUCUUAGAACGCAUUCCGGGGAACGGCCAUAUCAGUGUCAAGUUUGUCAAAAAGCUUUCGCCGAUAGAUCGAAUAUGACGUUACACACGAGAUUACAUUCUGGAUUAAAACCAUAUCAAUGUACGUUAUGUUCUAAAGCGUUCACGAAGAAACAUCAUCUAAAAACUCAUCUUAAUUAUCAUACAGGGACCAAACCUUAUUCUUGUCCAAAUUGUGGAUUAAGAUUUUCUCAAAGUAGUAAUAUGAGGACUCAUUUUAAAAAAUGUACCGUUAAUAAUCUGAUGGAAACGAAAAAUUCGCAAUUGGAAGAUACUGUGAGAGAUUCGUCUAAGACUGUACAAGCGCGAAUAAUCUCGAGAAUACCUACUGAUACGUUAACACCACCUAAUUCGGAUCAAGAAUUAACUAUUUUAACACCGAUUUCUAAAAGUAACGGAAUAGAAGGGAAUGGAUUGUAACGAUAACAUGAGAGAUGCUAUUAAACCGUCUGUGUGAUUGUUAAGUGUUCGAAGAGAUAUUUUAGCGGUUAGUUAGAUAAAGAAAUAACAAGUACAUAUAUUCUUCGACUCGAUGAAAUCAAUCUGUGUGACAAAUUGAAGAAAUGAAGUACACGUCGCGGUUAUGAAUCAGACUUGUAUCAUGAAAUUUAGAUUCUCUAUAGGAUUGACAAUCGCAUAAAAUGUGUAGCUGGUUUUUAUAAUCAACGGAGCAAACCAUUGUACAAAGAUGCUUUUUGCCCGGUGUUUUCAAGAUAAGUGGUUAAAACGAUAAUGCUUGACGAGUGCAAUUCAAUGAAUAAAUCGAUCGAAUUGCUACAGCCUGCAAAUGUAAUCGAACGAUAGAAAGUAUUAGAUUCGUUUGAAAGUAGCACUGUCAAUUGGUAAUCCGAGAGUUACCAUAACAGUACGAACGACCGCCUUUUCCUAGAAAUCGUUGUUUUACGGUAAGACGUAUCGAUUUAACCUGUAAAUCAUUACAUCAGAUCCUGAAUUCCUUUUUUUCAUGUCUUUUUCCUUUUUUUUAUCCCUUUCUGUUCAAAAGGUAUUGUCCACCUUAUUAACUCGUAAUUGAAAGAAUUGCAAAUUUUUGUAUAAUUAUUGUAAUUGC